GGCGUUUAAUGCUGUUAACACAGUGGGAAUGCUUCUAAAAAGGAAUGUACUUACAGACAUCACCUACAAUUUUUCUUUGUGCUUCCUAACGAAUGAUUGUGUUGAAGAUCUGCCUAUGGAAAUCUGCUGGAAAUUGACGGCUUCCUGGUUACAUAAUCCACCUACUUUAUGGGAAUUUAGGAAUGUACAGUCAAAGAAAACAACUGUCAGAGCUGGUUCUAAAAGUAGAGACUCAUUUGAGGUAUAAGGUGAAAAGUUAUUUGCAUAGCAAUGCCGCAAACUACAUGGAGGUUUUGCCACUUUGUAAGCAGAAAACAUUUUUUUUUUUAAUUGUUUUUCUUCCAUAAUCUAAUAGAAACCAACUGACAGGCCUACAUAAUAUGAGUAAUACAUGGAAUGCCUCUAUUAUCAAAGUGCAAAUAUAUUAAAAUCAUAAAGUCUUAUAGGCAUGGAUGGCGCUGGCCUACAUCUCCAGUGAGAUGAAGCAACCUGUCUAUACAACUGUGUGGGAAAGUUACAGCCAGUCAGCUUCAUUGCAUAUAAGGAAACUACCCUCCAUGCCAAACAAUAGAAGCUCUAUCAGAUCAAAAACUCACAUGGAUAUUUACAGCUAUCUAUGAAAAAAAAGAGACAAGGAAAAAAGCCAAAGGAAUCCCUACUCUUCUUGAAUUUGCUGAAAAAUGGAAAGCCUCAGAAGAUUCUUUGCCGUUAUUGGAAGUGUACAUGGUAGCCAUUCAUAGUUACUCAAAUGCUCGGCCAUACCUUACCUCACAGUGUGAAAAUGUUGGAUUAGUACUUGAACGACUAGCUUUAAGCUGUGUUGAACUUCUUUUAUGUUUGCCACAAGAGUUACCGGAUGAUCAUUGGCAGAAAUUUCAAGGUUCCAUCAAGGCUGCUCAUGAACGGUUAGCUGAAAAUGACAGCCAUGAGCUUUUACUCUUGUACAACAUGUCUCAAGAAGCUGGCGUGUGGAAGGAUCCAGUUCUGAGCGACAUACUUAACAGUCAAAUCCAGGACCCCCUCCAGGCCGAUGGUUUUCUGUGUUUGGAGGGCCCAUUGCUACUGGAGAUGCGAAUUAAGCGACUUCUUAAACUCGGCAAAGUGGCUGAGGCAACAUCCCUGGCAAAAUUAUGCUCCGACCACCCAGAGAUGAGCAGGAAAGGGCACUUCAAACAGCUCUACCUGAAAUGUCUUUGUGCGGCCUCACCAAACAUAAAGCUUAUAGAAGAGAUUGCCAAGGUAGAUUGUAAGGAUGCAUUGGAAAUGAUCUGUAAUCUGGAGUCAGAGGGGGAUGAGAAAACCUCACUUAUACUGUGUGCAGCAUUUCUGUCCCGACAGCUACAGUUUGGGGAAAUGUACUGUGCAUGGGAAUUAACACUGUUCUGGAGCAAACUACAAAGAAGGGUUGAGCCAUCUAUCCAAGUGUAUCUGGAAAUAUGUCGCCAACUUUCUCAGCUGACAAAAACGGUGUAUCAUAUCUUCUUUCUAAUCAAAGUUAUUCAGUCAGAGACUGAAGCUGCAGGACUUCCAACCUGUAUUGAAUUGUGUGUCCGAGCCCUGCGAUUAGAGUCAAGUGAAAAUGCCAAGGUUAAAAUCUCUAUCUGCAAGACAAUCUCCUGUUUAUUACCUGAUGAUCUGGAGGUUAAGAGAGCCUGUCAACUCACAGAGUUUCUUUUGGAGCCCACUGUGGAUGCAUACUAUGCUGUUGAAAUGCUAUACAAUCAGCCAGACCAAAAAUAUGAUGAGGAAAGUCUUCCUGUACCAAACUCACUGCGGUGUGAACUACUGUUGGUCUUGAAAACUAGAUGGCCUUUUGAUCCAGAGUUUUGGGAUUGGAAAACUUUAAAGCGUCAAUGCCUUGCUUUAAUGGGAGAACAGGCAUCUAUCGUGUCUUCUAUUGAUGAGUUGAACGAUAAUGAAGCAUAUGAUCAAAUGGAUAGUUACCAGGAAUUUACAAAGGAUGCUACAGAAAAUGGAUUUGAAAGCUUUGAUGCUCCCCCUAUUCAGGAGGUUUACAAAGAAAAGAAAAAAAAGAGACCAAUUAAAAAAAUGAGAGAACAUGGAUAUGUUUCGGCACGAUUUAGAAAUUGGCAAGCUUAUAUGCAGUACUGUGUGUUAUGUGACAAGGAGUUUCUUGGUCACCGGAUCAUCCGUCAUGCACAAAAACAUUGUAUAGAUGGCAUCUUCAGCUGCCCAAUAUGUGCAAAACAAUAUACCACUAAAGAAACCUUUAUUCCUCAUGUAACAUUGCAUGUUAAGCAAUCCUGCAAAGAGAGACUGGAAACCAUGAAACCUGUCAAGCGAUUGCCAAAGUUACCUAAAAAGGAGCCUGUUUGUAAGAAACCAGAAACCGUUAUAAAACAAGAGAGGCAAGUGAAAAAGAACACUUUUUACUCAGAUGACUUUAUAGUUUUCAAUGAUAAUGACAAUUCUGAUGAAAAUGAUGACAAAGAUAAGUCUGGGAAUUUCCACCCUGAAAAAACUGUCAAUGAGUUCCCCUGUCCUGUACAGUUUUGCAACAAGGGAUUUAAGUACUUCAAAAAUUUAAUUGCACAUGUGAGGGGGCACAAAGACAGUGAGGAGGCUACACGUUUCCUUGAGAUACAAAGUAAGAAAGUAGUUUGCCAAUAUUGCAGACGGCAGUUUGUUAGCCUGACUCACUUAAAUGAUCAUUUACAAAUGCAUUGUGGAAGCCAACCAUACAUUUGCAUACAAAUGAAAUGCAAGGCAAGCUUUGAGACUUACACAGACUUAUUGGCACAUCGAAAGGAGCAUCGAAAUUUUAAAGCAAAGUGCAUGUUUCCCAACUGUGGGAGAAUAUUUUCUGCCGCCUACAUGCUUUUUGACCAUGAAGCACAACACUAUAAUACCUUCACAUGCAAGCAUGCUGGCUGUGGAAAGAUCUUUCGUUCUCAGCUUCAGUUAGAACAGCACCUGAGUGAGCAUGCUACUGAAACCACACUGCCAGAGUCCAGUAAAAGUGAAGCGUUGACUGAUGUUACAAAGACUGGUGUAAACAUUGAAGGUGUUAAGUUUGAAGAAAAACUGCUGCCAUGUGGUAAUGUGAACAUUAAAGUAGAGCCAGUACACUCUGCAAUAAUUUCAGGUUCUGUCAUAUGUAAAGAUGCUGGUGUACCUGAAAAGUCACUACAGUCACAGAAAAGGGCAGCUGUCGGCAGCUGUAAAGUAAAAAAUUCCAAACAUUUGAUAGACCAACUUAUUACGCCACCAACUCAUGUUCUACCCGCUAAGAAUUUGCUAACUCAGGUUUUAGUGUCGCCAUCCCAUGCUCGCAAUAUACUACCCAAGGCUGACAUGUUGGCUUCCGCUGCUUUUCCAGGGGAUUCAGGAAAUUUUAAGCUGCUACCUGUGCCUGUAGGCUUCCAUGAUCUAUCAAAUCAAAACAAACUUCUUCCAAGUGGAAAUAUAGACCAUGCCAGUGAAACACAAAAGAUGGCACUCCCAGGUUUUAAAGUCCAAAAUUUUGCUUUAUUUCAGGAUGGCAAAAACAGCGGUCAGGAUAACUCAAAGAAAGCGCAAACUGGUGUUUUAAAUACAGAUAAAAGUAAACUGGAAGGUCAGGAACAAAUAAAUAGUAUAAUGCCAUUUAAUGUACACAACCAAGCUAGCCAAUUGUGUGAAAAUCUAAUUCUGUCUGGAUAUGAAGAAAAUUCAAAAUCUGAAAAUAUGUUAUUGUCCCUUGAAACAAGCAAUGCACUCUCAAAUGUUUUGCAACCUGUCUGUGAUGCCUCAGUCACCCCUGUUGCACCUGCACCAACUGAAAGGUUUAAAUGCAAUGCUGAGGGAUGUACAAGAAUAUACAAUUCUGUUCAGAGCAUUGGUAAACACAUGAAGAGUACUCACCCAGAACAUUACGAUGCAUUUAAGACCGAGCGCAAGAAUAGAAAGAAACACAAACCUGGAACACCAUUACCACCUCUUGAUAGCGCUACUUAUUCCAUACUCCUGAGACCAGAUGUCACCAAUAACUCCAUCCAGCCACACUUACAGGGCACUGCAAACCACAACUUCUCUAAUCAGUUGCAACACCUUCCUAAUUCAGUCUUCCCAACACAUCUUGAUAACUUGGUGAAUCCAUUACUCAAUCCUGUAGAAACUGUUUUGACCCAAGAAAUAUCCAAAAAUGUUGCAGAAACACUGAGCACUGAGGUUGGAAAUCUGAAUAAUACUGGCAUGACUUCACAAAUCGAAGAUUUGGCAAAGGUCUUACCCAUGAAAUUUGAAAAUGGAUCUGAUCCUUUUUUGCCAAUGCCAACAGAGAAUGAUCCUUUGCCAGUUAUGUCCUCCCUUAGUGGAAGCACCAUGUUUUCUCAACUGGGGGGAAAUGCAGACCAUGUUCUCACUGGAAGUGAAGCUCCAAAUUCAGUGUUCAUGAAAGAGGAUGUUGACACAGACGCGUCCUUUUCCAAACAAGUUGACAGCACAGACAUGGAUGCAAGCUUUAACUUGGAAAAAUCAUCUAGCAUGCUUUCAAACUCUCCAGACAAAAAUGCCACAACUAGCGGGCCAGCAAGAAAUAAAGAGAAAAGAGUCAAGCAUAGCCCUCGUGCAAAAUAUCCUGCAAUUAUCAAAGAUGGCAAAUUUAUUUGUAGCAGAUGCUUUAGAGCUUUCAGUAACCCACGGUCUUUAGGUGGCCAUUUGUCAAAACGAGCGGUUUGUAAGCCACAUAAUGAUUAUGGCGUUCCCCCACUACUUUCACAGGAAGAUGGACAGCCUUCUGUUUUGGCAAGCAUGAUUCUUUCAUCUAGUCCAAACCAAAAAGCACAAAUGCCACCGCAGCAGACUUUUAGUCCAGAAGUCACUGUUAAACCUGAACAUUUUCUUUCAUCUGGCCAGCCAGGAAGUGAAAGUGUGCCAUAUAUUACUACAGAGUUUAUGAAUCCUAGUUUAUCCAGUUUUAGCCCCAAUGAGAAUAAAGCAAAUGCUAUCAAACAAAGUUUUGUAGACCCAGAAAAUGAUUCCAACAGGCAGCUGUCUUCUAAUAGUUUGUUAAAUGGCUGUGUACCCUGCACCCCACAAAUGAAUUCAACCGACCCAACAAAUAUUGUCGAAAGGCAUGCCCUAACAACCACUUGCAGUUCACAGGCUGUUCCGAGCUUAGGGACCCUUCAUGCCGACAGUUCUGUUAGAAUACAUAUUCCUGGCGGAGAGCCUUUAAAUACUGGUGGUGAUUUAUGCCCAAAUCCUUUGGUUAAUUCAGCUGUGGAAAACCAUGAUGUACCCAAACAAGUGAACAGCGCUAGAGUGUCAGUAAUUAGUGGUCCACGUAGUUCUUGCAUAACUGCUGUCAAGAAAAGGAGCAGCACUUCUAAGAAAAAGAAGAAAACAGACACACCCGUUGCAGCUGAGGCUACACAUGAACUAGCAAGAAAUAUUUUGGCAGCGGUGGGAGGAAAUCUGCAAAUGUCAAUGGAUAUGCAGCCAAAUCUUAUGACCUAUGGUUCUGAGUUGCUAGAAAAUAUAGCAAAGAAUUUGAGUAAUGCUGACAAAGAACUGCUCAUGUCUUGUCUAAAUGAAAGCAUCAAGGCUAGCUCAGAAACACCGGCAUUAUGUCACCUUGCUGUAAAAGAAGAAAAAAGCAAUUUACCAAUCCUCCCACCCAACACAUCUGAGUGCACAGACAAGCUUGAUAUCCACCAAGACUUCAGAGAGAAGACAUUCGAUAAUUUGAGUCCAGCUGCCAACGAAGUAUAUACUAUUAAUAGGAAUGCUCAAGAACCUCACUCUUCUUUGACCCCAAGUCAAAUUGCAGCGAAUGUUAGUGUAGAUGAUGAAUUACCAGACGUUGUGCAUAAUGUAAUGUCAGCUAGCACUGCUGCUAGCCCACUUAACAAAAUGAACAUACCGGUCUGCUCAGUUUCCCCAACCCAAGAAACCACCACCAUUUAUGAUGACCAAGUUCUAGAGAUCAUGAACCUGGUACAGAAUCUUCAGCUUGUGGAUGGUGUGGCGUUUGGAAACGUUCCAUCAGAAGAGAAUUGCAUCUCUAGUGAAGCUUUGCCCAUAAUGUCCAGUGUAAUUGUCCCCAAUCCAAGUCACAGUCUUGUUGCUGAACAACCCUCUGAAGUAUCUUUAUUAUCUGACACAAACAUUGCAAAACCUUUUAUUUGCCGCGAGGAGACUUGUAACUACUGUGCAAUGACUAAGGAUGCUUUAUUUAAGCAUUAUACAAAAGUUCAUUAUUACACAACUGAAAAACUUGAAGAGAUCAAAAAGCAUCAACUAAAGUUUGCCCCUUUCAAGUGUGUUGUUGCUUCAUGUACAAAAACUUUUACCAGAAAUUCAAAUCUUCGAGCACAUUGUCAAGCAAUGCAUAAUUUUACCUCUGAGGAUAUGAUCAAAUUAAAAAUUAAAAGACCCCAUGGUAAAAAAUCUGCUAGUGAAAGUAACGACUUCUCUUCCCCUGAAAUGCCAAAUGGAAGCCCGGAAGUGAAAAGGUGUGCAGAGUCGUAUGAUGAUGCUCAAGAAAUCACAAAAAUAGAACCGGAUGUAUUUCAAGAAUUGCUACCUGUAAAAGCUGAGGAAUCCCCUAAAGUUGAGGACACAAAGCCACCUCCUGAAUUGCCAGUUAUGGAGUCACAACUUGCACUACUAGAUCAGAAAAACAAGAGAGGCCCAAAAAUCAAAAGAAAACGAAAAGAGAAAGAACUUAAACGCAAAAGAGCAAUGCAGAAAGAAGCCAAGUCUAAUCAGGGGCCCACUUCUUAUAAACCUUAUAAGUGUGUUCACCAAGGCUGCACGGCGGCUUUUAGCAUACAGCAAAGCCUAAUGCUUCAUUAUCAAGCUAUUCACAAGCUUGAGACGCCUAAAUUCUCAGGAGAAGAUUUGAAAAUGGAGGCAGAGGAGGGAGACGGUAGCAUUAAAGAGUUCCGUUGUACUGAGACUGAUUGCUCUCGAAUAUUUGCUAGCUUUGCUAAUUUAAUUCAGCAUUAUGUGAAACUUCAUGAGAUGAUUGCAGAUGAAAUUGAACAUGUGGUUUCUUCAAGUGUAGGACAGUUUGACUGUGAUCAGAGUCAGUGUACAGCUACUUUUACAACCUGUACUAGUUAUAUUGAACAUCUUGAGGAAGUCCAUGGCUUGAAAAUGAAGCAGCCAAAAUUUGAUGGUGAAGAAAUGUACAAGUGUGAUAUUGAAGCCUGUGACCGUUUUUAUGCAACGCGGUCAAAUCUGCUUAGGCAUAUUUUUCACAAGCACAAAGACAAACAUAAGGAGCAUCUAAUCAGACCAAGAAAAAUAAGUAUUGGCGAUCAAGAAAACACAGAAGAGAAAGUUCAGAAGGAAAGACCCAGAGUGCCAAAACAAAAAUGUGUCAUUUUGGGCAAUGAAGUUCCUAAAACCAAGCGAUGCAAAGGCAGCAAAAUUUUUAGAGAUGUCAAAGGUAAAUCUGAGCAAAUUAAAACUGGACCAUUGACUCUAAAAUACGGAAAACAAACCUAUACGUUGAAGGAUAAAGAUGUUGCCAUAGCAGAGUGCCCUGAGAGUAAUAUGAAACAAUACCCAUGUAUGAUACAGGGUUGUACAUCUGUUGUUGCUAAUGAACACAAUGUUAUUAGGCAUUAUAAAUGCCACAAAUUAUCCAGGGCAUUCAUUGUAAGAUACAAAAAAUCACUAGUUGUCUGCAGAAGACGUGGUCGACCCAUAGCUAAAAUUACUCCAUCUCCCAGCAUAGAACCAGCUAGCCCUACAAAACCAGAUAUCCAGGAAACCAUUGUUUUAUCCACCGAUACCCAGCAAAAACAAUCCCACCAAACUAUACUUGAAAGUGGAGAUGAAUCCACCCUUUCAACCUCUCAGCAGAGUGAAAAUGAUAAAGAUGAGAUGGAUGAACUCACUGAACUAUUCAUUUCAAAACUAAGCAAUGAGGACAGCACCAGCUCAGAAAGCCAAGCAAGGGUGUCCUCUUGUGUCAGUAGUGACCUCCAGGAUACAAGUUCAUGUCAUUCGGAGCCACAAAGAAGUGGUGUUGCUGUAAAAAGAACCAAUAAACAAAAGCAAGCCACACCAAAUAAGAAGAGAAAAGUUGCAACGCCAGAUAUAUUGUCUGCUGAAUCUAGCAGCCCAGUUGGCUGUGAUGAGACCUUGGUUGCUGAUAUUGUUCCUGAGGACACACCAGCAUUUGACUUGAGCUCAUUCAAACCUAUGGGAUUUGAAGUUUCAUUCCUUAAGUUUAUUGAGGAAUCCGUUGUCAAGGAAAAGAAAACCGUAGAGAAAAGUAAUUCAAGCUUGGACACACAGACAGAACAGCAGCCAAUUGAGGAAAGGGAACAUGUGUCUGAGGAUGAAGACUCUGACUCGGAUAUACAUUUACUUUUUGCUAACCCUUUGCAGCUACCUAACCUAGAAAAUGUAAAGAUUGUUUUAGUUGAGGCAUUCAAUGACUACAUAGAACUUGUUGUGAAGCAGCUCAAUGAACUGAAACCUGCUGUGAUUCUUAAAAAGCACCCCAUUUUGAAAGACGAACCCUUUAGCAUUGCGAAGGAACAAAACGUAGACCUUGAUAUCGAAAAUACAUUGUAGGGAGAUCCUAGGAUAUUCAGAUUUUUUUGUUAUUUUUUUAUUGUGAACUAGAAACCAUCAAGCAUGCAAAUGUAAUUUUAUGAGUUUGUUUUUUUUUUGUUUUUUUUUUACAAGUGACCUAACAUGGCCAAAAAAAAAAAAAAAAAAAAAGUCAUGACACAAGUCAUGCAUAGUUUUUAUUCCAUUAUCCCUAUGGGACUAGAUGAUUUAAAUUGUUUAUUCAGUUCUGUGUGUAUAUAAGAAAAGUUCAAUAUUUCUACUGAUAAAUUGUCCUUUCCACAAAUUAACAAUUUGUGUACUGUGUGAUAUUUGGUAUAUUUACCAAGCUCACAGCUCCUGUAUAACAAUGUACUUGUAUAUAUUUUUUUGGGGUUUCUUUGUUGGCCCUCUGUGUGUUGUUUUUUUUCCUUUUGUAAAUAUCACAUUAACACAUUUGCUGCCUAAGUGUAAACUAUUAAAUUCACAUUUAUAUUCUGGAUUUUAAUUUGUAAUCAAGUGAUCACUUUUUUAAAAGUAAAUUUGUAUUGAAAUUACCUUGGGUUGCACAUUUUAUGUAAAUACUUAUACAGAACAUAUAUUGAAAGUUUUUAUUGUGUAAAUGCUUGAAACCGUGUUACUUUUACAGCUUACGUAUUUAAUGCUUAUGACCAGAAAUUGGUUUGUGUGGGAUUAAAGGGGGUUCUCGGCUUUAAGCUGGAGGUGGAUCUGUUUCAGACUUAUUUUAAACCUACUCUGUGCCACUUCAAAAAUAGGUGGACACUCGCAUUUAAUUUUUCUUUGCAAGUUGUUUGUCCAGUCUAAAAUGAUGAUUCUCUUUGGCAGCCAUUGUGGAUUUUCCCAUACAGCAACACUACAACUGAAAUACAUAUUCAUGAGAUUUUUUUUGACAUCCACCUUCCAUGUUAGUAAGGUGUCAAUAGUUAGAUGAAAGCAAGCUGUAAGACAUUUAUUUUUAUUUUUUAUUUAUGCCCUAAUAAAACAUGUGUUUUUUUUUUUUG